CUGGAGAAAGAAAGUUGUUACUCAAGAGGGAGAGAGAGAGAGAGAGAGAGUCAACCGACCCAUUUCUUUGCCUUGGCUUUUAUGUAUUUGUAAGGCUUCGAAGAGUCCACAUAGGCGUUUAUCUAUUUUGUUUCUCUCUGUGCCAUCUUUAGGCCUUUCAUUUUCUCUCUCCAUCUCUCCGACUCAUUUUUAAUUUCUAGUCGUCAGUCAUGGAAGCUUAGAUAGUCAAGCAUGCAGAAGAGGAAAAUAUAGGAAAGCAGCAAGCUAGGGUUUUCUUUGUUCGCCUGAUAUUUUAACGGUUAAUUUAUUUUAUGGUUGGUUCUACAGACCGAUAGGGUAAAGGGGGAGAGCGGGAGACGGGGAGAGAACGAAGUGUUAAGCAGCAAUAAGGUCUCUUUGCUAACCUUCUUUCUCUUUCUUUCUCUCUGGAGCAACCUUUCUGCAGAGCCUACCCUUUUGUCUUCUCUCUCUCUCUCUUGUUGGUUUACUUUGAGCUUCUUCUUUCUUUCUUUCUUUCUUUCUUUCUUCUUCUUCUUCUUCUUCUUCUUCUUCUUCUUCUUCUUCUUCUUCUAUCUGUUAACAUAUCUUCCUAGGGAGUCUUCCCGGGCUACCUACCUCGUUAAUUUCCAUUUUGUUUUGGCUUUGCCCUUUUGUCUUGGGCGUGGUUUGGUGAGUUAAUGAAUUGAAGCAUGUUUUCCGGGCGGGAAGAGUCAUUUAUCGGGGACGGUGGUGAAUCGACGAAUGUGGUUGCCGUUUCAGCCUAGAACCUAGUGCCUUCAUUAGACCCUAAUAACUAAAUAAAAGAGGAGACUUUGAGGGGGAACUAGAAGACAAGGUAAGAUAGGAACGGAGGCAUAUUUUCAUGAGUUUUGGGGGUUUUCUUGAUAGUAGUUCUGGUGGUGGUGCAAGAGUCGUGGCCGAUAUACCUUACAGCAACAUGCCUGCUGGUGCGAUCGCUCAGCCACGCCUCGUCGCUCCGUCUCUGGCUAAGUCUAUGUUCAGUUCUCCGGGCCUCUCUCUCGCUCUUCAAACUGGCAUGGAAGGACAGGGCGAGGCAGGUCAGAUUGGGGAAAAAUUGGAUUCUACCGUAGUGGGGAGGAACAGGGAAGACGAAUAUGAGAGCAGAUCUGGAAGCGAUAACAUGGAGGGCGCUUCCGGUGAUGAUCAGGACGGGGACAAUCCACCAAGGAAGAAGAGAUACCAUCGACACACCCCACAGCAAAUCCAAGAGCUCGAGGCUCUUUUCAAGGAGUGUCCGCAUCCAGAUGAGAAACAAAGGAUGGAACUCAGCAAGAGACUUUGUUUGGAAAGUAGGCAGGUCAAGUUCUGGUUUCAGAAUCGACGGACACAGAUGAAGACCCAACUGGAGCGCCAUGAAAACACAAUACUUCGACAAGAGAACGAUAAGCUUCGAGCUGAGAACAUGUCAAUUAGGGAAGCGAUGAGGAACCCUAUAUGCAGCAACUGCGGUGGCCCGGCAAUGCUUGGUGACAUAUCUUUAGAAGAACAGCAUCUUAGGAUUGAGAAUGCCCGGUUGAAGGAUGAGCUUGAUCGGGUGUGCGCCCUUGCCGGAAAGUUCUUAGGCAGGCCGGUAUCAUCCUUGGCUACUCCCAUGCCAAGUUCCAGUUUGGAACUCGCCGUCGGCAGCAAUGGUUUUGGUGGCAUGAACCCUGUUGCCACAACAUUGCCUCUGGUGAGCGAUUUUGUAGGGGGAGUUUCUAAUACGUUGCCUGUUGUGCCUCAAACCCGGCCAACACCUGGUGUGACGAUUCUUGAUAGGUCACUGGAGAGAUCCAUGUUUCUGGACCUUGCAUUGGCUGCCAUGGAUGAGUUGGUUAAGAUGGCUCAAAGCGAUAAAUCUCUUUGGCUCCCAGGUCUGGAAGGAGGGAAGGAAACACUGAACCAGGAGGAGUACAUGCAGACUUUCCCUCCCUGUAUCGGAAUGAAACCUUCUGGUUUUGUGACCGAGGCCACAAGAGAGACUGGUAUGGUGAUCAUCAACAGCUUGGCUCUUGUUGAGACGCUAAUGGAUGCGAACCGAUGGGCAGAAAUGUUUCCAUGUAUGAUCGCGAGAACCUCCACCACCGAAGUAUUAUCAAGUGGGAUGGGCGGAACGAGAAAUUGUGCACUUCAGUUGAUGCAUGCGGAGCUCCAAGUUCUAUCGCCGCUUGUCCCAAUUCGCGAGGUCAAAUUUCUUAGGUUCUGCAAGCAGCAUGCCGAGGGGGUGUGGGCUGUGGUGGACGUGUCCAUCGACCACAUCCUUCGAGAAACUUCAAACGAGCCCACUUUUGCGAGCUGCAGGAGGCUUCCAUCCGGCUGUGUUGUGCAGGAUAUGCCCAAUGGGUACUCCAAGGUGAUUUGGGUCGAACAUGCGGAGUACGACGAGAGUGCAAUUCACCAGCUUUACCGCCCCUUGCUGAGAGCAGGUAUGGGCUUUGGCGCCCAGAGGUGGGUGGCCACCCUACAGAGGCAGUGCGAGUGCUUGGCUAUUCUGAUGUCUUCUACCGUCCCGGCUAGGGAUCAUACCGCCAUAACUCCCAGCGGUCGGAGAAGUAUGCUGAAGUUAGCACAGCGGAUGACGGAUAAUUUCUGUGCUGGUGUGUGUGCGUCGGCCGUUCACAAGUGGAAUAAGCUGUGUACAGGGAACGUGGACGAGGACGUGAGGGUGAUGACCAGGAAGAGCGUGGACGACCCGGGCGAGCCACCAGGCGUGGUUCUGAGUGCGGCGACGUCGGUGUGGCUGCCGGUAUCGCCCCAGCGGCUGUUUGAUUUCCUGAGGGAUGAACGUCUGAGGAGCGAGUGGGACAUACUAUCUAAUGGAGGGCCCAUGCAGGAGAUGGCCCACAUCGCCAAAGGACAGGAUCCUGGAAAUUGCGUCUCCCUUCUUCGUGCCAGCGCGAUGAACGCCAAUCAGAGCAACAUGCUGAUACUGCAGGAGACGUGCUUCGACGCAUCGGGGUCCCUGGUGGUGUACGCCCCGGUUGACAUUCCGGCCAUGCAUGUAGUGAUGAACGGUGGCGAUUCCGCAUACGUUGCUCUGCUACCGUCGGGAUUUUCCAUCGUACCAGAUGGUCCGGGAUCACGUGGUCCCACCAGCAACCACCACCACGGCCCCCUCGCGAAUGGCAACGGAAGCUCGCAGCAGAGGGUGGGUGGGUCACUGUUGACGGUGGCGUUCCAGAUCCUGGUGAAUAAUCUGCCUACAGCGAAGCUCACAGUGGAGUCGGUUGACACAGUGAACAAUCUCAUCUCCUGCACCGUACAAAAGAUUAAAGCCGCUUUGCACUGCGAAAGCUGAGGAGGAGAGCCAAAGGGCAAUCUUCGUCCCGUUCACACUACCAAUUGCGGGAGGACUCUCUCUCUCUAUAUAUAUUAAUCAUAUAGAGGUAGUUAGUGUAGGUAGAAAGGGAAAGAGAAAGGGGUGAGGCACUGAGUUGAAUGAAUGACAAUGACCCCUUUUUCAAUCUUUCUUCAAUCAAAUUAAAGAGAAGCAUAAAGUGUGUUUGAGGGGGGGGGGGGGGUGUCACUCACUCUCCUUGGGACAAUGCUCACAACGGGGGUUUGAGUCAAGAACGAACCGCGCGCUGAGAAUCCUUGCUGGGUGGUGAGACCGUGGGAACACAAGCAAGGCCAGGGCCAGGCCAAGUACGUGACUGUGUUUUUCCAUCUCUCUCUCUCUUUCUCUCUGAAAAUUGUGUCUCGUAGCGUCCAUGUUCUUAACACAACGCAAGGGUGGUGGUUCGGGUAUUGACUCGUAGACCCGCGAGGAGGGUGUCUCGAGAAGAAAUUUAAUGUGAAAAAGAAAAGUAGACGUGUCUGUCUGGUGUUGUUUUGUCUCAUUUUAUUAAUUUAUUUUUCUUGAAUUAGUGGUUGGGAGUCCUUAGAGAUGGACGGAUAGUGCUGGGUAAUCGGCAGCAUUUUGUUUUAAUCUAAUUAAAACUUGUUUUGUUUUGUUUCGGAAUUAAUGGAAAUGUGUGUAAGUGUCGGGCUGUCUAUUGUUGUUAA